UAAUAAAGAGCAGGACACAAUCCCUUCUGGAUUUUGCAAUUCUUGAAUCUUGUUCUUAAUUUGUUUGUAGCUUUGGCCAUGGAUGAGAGUUUUUACGGUUCUGGUUGGGAUGAAGCUGUAGACUGGGGUGACCCCAACGCUGCAAUGAGCUGCGAGUCCUCUUACCCAGUCCCUUGGCCACUACCACCUGAUUUCACUGCUUCCAACUCGACUCAGACAUUGGAUUUCCCUCCAUGGACGUCUGUUCCAGUGGAAAGAAUUGCACAAGAGAAAGCUGCCUCUAUUUCCAGGAGCCAUAGCCAAGCUGAGAAACGCCGUAGGGACAGGAUUAAUGCACAGCUUGCAGCUCUCAGGAAAUUAAUUCCAAUGUCCGAAAAGAUGGAUAAGGCAGCUUUAUUAGGAAGUGCAAUAGAACACGUGAAGGAUCUCAAGCGGAAAGCGGCAGAAAUCAGCAGAGCCUUCCCUGUACCCACAGAAGUUGAUGAAAUAACAGUAGACCAUGAUGCUAAUGAAGAUGAAAACGUGAGCUCCGGAGCCAUCAGAGCGUCCUUCUGCUGCGAUGAUCGGCCAGAAGUGUUUACUGAGCUCAUUAGAGUCCUCAAAGGGCUAAGCCUCACCACAGUUAAAGCCGAAAUCGCUAUGGUAGGAGGAAGAAUGAAGAGCAACUUGAUCCUUCACAACAAGAAAGUUGAUCAAGAAACUGUUUCCUUGCCCAAAAUAAAGCAAUCUCUCACUGCGGUUUUGAGCAGAAUGGCUUCAACUUCGGCCGGAUCAAACAGCCGUAUUAGAAGCAAAAGGCAGAGGCUGUUCUUUCCUUCUGCCUUAGAGAGCUAAAUUAUCAAAUUGAGAUUUUGAGAAACAUAUGAAAUUAUGAUUUCUUUUCUCGAGUUGAUUGUAGAUUAAAACAAACGUCUAUACUUAUACGAUUGCCUAGCCAAAGUCGUUGUUCCAAACGAGCGUUUUACAGGUCACACAAGAAACAACCCUUCGCCUCAAAGAGCAAUCUUCAUCCCUAUAAUAACCCUCAAAUGUCGGAGAAUUCGUUCUGAUGAAGAUGAUGAAGGCGGUAAUUGAAUCUAGGGGGCUGCAGACGACUAACUGAUCAAGCUGGUGGAGCUGCAUGGGCCGAGAAUUAAGUCCUUGAUAAGUUCGGGGAUACGAGGGAGAGUCCUUCAGACGCGAUGGAGGACAACAUCAUUUUCGAAGUGCAUGUCGUUCACCGGAACCAAUGGGCUGUCCAUUGCGCGCUUGUGCGGAUAACACCAUUAAGAACUACAGGAGCUUCGACGCUGGGCCGGGGAAGGGUUGUCUGAGUCACAUUCUGGUAUGAAACGGGCCAAAAGGUUGUUUGAAUCACAUUCUGGCAUGAAGCGGACCAGUGUGGAUGAUCCAUCGUCUCUGGCUCUGGUGAAGAUGCACUGCUUGGGUUGUUGGGAUGAGAGUUAUGGACUCGGGGGUUGUGGAAGGAAACGAUCGAGGUGAUGGUAGCAGAGGAGGAGAAACGCACCGCAGAUAUGGAAGGCUUGCUUCUUAAACAUCUCACAGCGUAUGAUAAACAUUACGUAUACUCUGAGUAUGAUCUGUCCUGGAGCGCGGCAUAAAGAUUUCCCCACAUCUUGUAAAUGUGAAAAGACAUUCAACUUAUUCCCCGUAGGCCGUAGCAGCAGUCAAAAUCGAGAGGGUAGAAUAGGUCGUUCUCCUAAAAAUUUCUUUUCG